UACCUACUUUUGUCAUACAAUUGAGUGUCUUCACCUAUCGUAAUAUUACACAUUACUAGUCACCAUUCAGUUUAUUUAAAAUUAAUUACGCAGUUUCAUUUCAAAUUAAUAAAAACUCAUAAAGUUAUCAAAUAGUAACAAAUAUACCUGUUAAUUGAAAACUUAUGUGAAAUUCAUAACGUUUAAGCUUUUACCACAUAAAUUAUUCGUCGUAAAAUAAUUAAUAUUUAUUUGGUGAUUUUUUGUUUAAUUUUUAAAAUGUUAAGUAGCCAACUAAGCGUUGACUCGGUUGCUUGUCGUAUUUGUCAUGAAGAUGGCAAUUUCGAAGAAUUAAUUGAACCAUGUGAAUGUUCCGGUACAGUUGCACUUAUUCAUAUAAGCUGUUUAGAAAAAUGGCUUACGACGUCAAACACACGUUCUUGUGAAAUAUGUAAAUAUAAGUUUUCACUACAAGCACUCAACAAACCAAUUAUGAAGUCAAUUCAACAGUGGUUGAAUAUAAAAAGUAACUGUCGAGGAUUAAUAGUAGACAUGAUAUGUAUACUUGUUCUCACAUUUUUAUUCAUCGCUGGGAUGUAUCUUUGUUAUAUUGGUGUUAUCCACUUUACCCAUCUAAGAAGUUGGGAGAGUACAAUAAUAUUAACUUUGUCAAUUGUACUAAUAACAGUUUAUUUUAUUUGGCUAGCUAUAACAAUAAGAUACCAUAUGCAAUCAUGGAAACAGUGGCAUAAGAAAAAUAAAGAUAUUAAAUUAUUGGUGGCGGGUUUUUCUAAUACCGCCAGGCUACAGAAAAAACAAUUUAAUGUGAUUCAAAGAACAGUUAGUAGAAAUGAUGGAAGCAGCAGUGGACUAAAUAAUGAUGAAAGUAACGUUAACAUUGACUCAAAUGGUGUAAAUAAUUCGAAUAGAUUUCGAUUAUGGUAUCAUAGAUUUUUUAAUACUAAUCAAGAUUUACAUCAGCCCACUCGAGAAACAAUAGUUUAAUAAAUUGAAAAAAAAAAAUAUAUUAAAAAUUUACUUCUCUUAAUUUAUAUCAUUAUCAAAAAUAUAUUUUAACAUUUCUUUUUUAUAAA